CACUCCGCUCGGCUCUGUGCAGAGGCAGCGUCUGCGAGCGCUGAGCGGAAAGCCGAGGUGUCAGUGUGCUGUGUGCAGCUGCCGUGCACGGAACCUUCACUUCCUCUCCAGCAGCGGCCGCUCACUGCCACCUCUCCCCCGCACCCCGCUCGCAUGUGUGCGCCCCGACAUGGAGCACGUUGGCCCGCAAGCAGCCUGCAACUACCGCGCUGACACUGGGCUCCAUCAUCACAGCAUCCUCCCGGACUAUCUCCGUGGGCUCUGAGAGUGUCGCGGCGGCGUUCUGCCCUCUCUCUCUCUCUCUCUCUCUCUCUCUCGCUCUCUGUUAUUUUUAAUUCGCUGCCCCCGGACUGUGGCCGCGGCUCCAUCCUGGAUAGUGUGAAGUUGAGCGUGUUGAAGCACUUUGCUGGCGCCAGGAUGGGCAAUGCUGCCGGCGGCAUGGAGCUGUCCCCGGGGAAAGAGAUCCGCACACAGCAGCCCAGCGUCCCCAAACUACCCGUGCCCGACAACGAGGGAGAGCUGGAGGAGCGCUUCUCCAGAGUGCUGAACUGCAUGAACCUCCCUCCGGACAAGGUGAAACUGCUGAGCCAAUACGACAAUGAGAAGAAGUGGGAGCUGAUCUGUGAUCAGGAACGGUUCCAGGCAAAGAACCCUCCGCACGCUUACAUCCUGAAACUCCGAGGUUUCCUGGACCAGGGCGGCGUCAGAAAGUUCAAGAGGCGAGUGCAGGAGUCAACACAGGUGCUGCGGGAGCUGGAAAUCUCACUGAGGACCAAUCACAUUGGCUGGGUGCAGGAGUUUUUAAAUGAGGAGAACAAGGGUCUGGAUGUGUUGGUGGAGUACUUGUCCUUUGCACAAUGCGCUGUCACAUCUUUUAAAGAAACUGCAUGGAAUUUUGUGAGGAGUUUGAGUUAUGUGGAAAGGCAUGACAUGGAGAGUACGGAUAAUGGAGGAAUUGCUUCUGAAAAGAGCAAGCCCUUGGAUAGGUCGGUCGAAGACCUUAGUCGAAGCAACUCGUCCCCAACCCAUGGGCCUUCCAGAGCCAGUGGUCGUCACCUCACUGUCAGGCACAACACACACAGCAGGAAAGCUCUGCGGAACUCCCGGCUUGUCAGCCAGAAGGACGAUGUCCACGUCUGCAUCAUGUGUCUCCGUGCCAUCAUGAACUAUCAGUCUGGUUUCACCUUGGUGAUGGAACAUGAGCAAUGUGUGAACGAGAUCACCCUCAGUCUGAACAAUAAGAAUGCAAGGACGAAGGCACUGGUGCUAGAGCUGCUGGCUGCUGUGUGCCUGGUGCGGGGCGGCCACGACAUCAUCCUGGCAGCCUUCGAGAACUUCAAAGAGGUGUGUGGGGAAAAGGUUCGAUUCGAGAAGCUGAUGGAGUAUUUCCAAAACGAGGAUAGCAACAUCGACUUCAUGGUUGCCUGUAUGCAGUUCAUUAACAUCGUUGUGCAUUCCGUCGAGGACAUGAAUUUCCGGGUCCACCUGCAGUUCGAGUUCACCCUGCUGGGGCUGGAUGAAUACCUCACCAAGCUGAAGCCGUCGGAGAGCGAGAGGCUGCAGGUUCAGAUCCAGGCAUACCUGGAUAACGUGUUUGAUGUCGGCGCACUGCUCGAGGAUGCAGAGACCAAGAAUGCAGUGCUGGAGCACGUGGAAGAACUGCAGGGCCAAGUAAUGCAGCUGACAGAGAAGCUGCAGGAAGCAGAGAACGACUCCAUGAUGAAGAUUGUAGCACUGGAGAAGCAGCUGAUGCAGGCCCACAAGGAGGUGGAAGGUCUAAAGGAGACGUUCAGUGACUCUGCAGCCAAGUUGCAGUCUCUGCAGGCACAGGUGACAGACAGUGACAAGCUGGUCCGACUGCACUCUUCCCUGGAGCAGAAGCUCUUGCAGCUGGAGCAGCAGGGUCUGCUCACAGUCCACCGUGGAGCCAACGGCGAGGUGGACAUCGAUAUCAUCCCGGUGGUGGUGAAAGAAACUGUUGUAACGGUAGCCCCUGCACCCAGGCAAGAUGUGUCUCCAGUGCCAGCUGUGAAGGGUGAUGUUACGGAUGAUGCCACUGCUGGAUCACCUCCCCCUCCCCCACCUCCACCCCCUACCCCAUCACCAGCGACCACCGUAGCCCCACCACCGCCACCCCCACCGCCUCCCCCGCUGCCUGGUGAGCCUGCGUCCACAGCAGCAGCACCUCCCCCACCCCCACCCCCCACCCCCACCACCACCCCUGGGCUGCCUGGGGCGGGUGCCCCUCCUCCGCCUCCUCCCCCACUCCUUCCCGGUGCCCACCCUCCUGGAGCACCCCCUCCCCCUCCAGGUGCCUUCUUCAAUACAGCAACCAAGGUGACCUCAGCUCUGAAGGUGAAGCAGCCUAUUAAAACCAAAUUCCGGAUGCCUCUCCUCAACUGGGUGGCACUGAAGCCCAACCAGAUCGACGGAACGAUCUUCAUCGGGCUCGAUGAUGAGAAGCUACUGCAGGAGCUGAACAUGUCCGAGUUUGAGGAGCAGUUUAAGACCAAGGCUCAGGGUUCACCCGUCAACAUCAACACACUGAAAAUAAAGGUUUCGCAGAAAGCCAGCAGUAAAAUCAACCUGAUUGAGGCAAACCGAGCGAAGAAUCUGGCCAUCACUCUGCGGAAAGGAGGCUUGAAAGCUGACGACAUCUGCAAGGCGAUUGAGGACUUCGACCUGCAGAAGCUCAACCUGGACUUCAUGGAGCUGCUGACCCGCUUUGUUCCAACGGACUAUGAGCGCAAGGUGCUGCAGCAGUACGAGGCGGACAGGAAACCGCUGGAGGAACUGGCGGAGGAAGACCGCUUCAUGAUCAAGCUCACCAAGAUCCCGCGGCUGCCCGACAGGAUGAAGAUCAUCAUCUUCAUGGGCAACUUCACUGACAGCCUCCAGCUGCUGACACCGCAACUCAACGCAAUCAUCGCCGCAUCCAUGUCUAUCAAGUCGUCGGUGAAACUGAAGAAAAUCCUGGAGAUCAUUUUGGCAUUUGGAAACUACAUGAAUAGCAGUAAGAAAGGAGGUGUUUAUGGCUUCCGGCUGCAGAGCCUUGACUUGCUCCUUGAAACCAAAUCAACCGACAGGAAACAGACUCUAAUGAACUACAUUGUGGAUAUCAUCCAGAAAAAUUAUCCUGAUCUCAAUGCCUUUCAUGCAGAGCUGCUAUUUGUGGACAAAGCUGCUGCAGUGUCGUUGGAGAGUGUUGUACAGGAUGUGCGCUCGUUACAGCAGGGCUUGGAGCUCAUCCGCAAGACCUUCAUGAUCCAGGACACCAGCACAAUCCUGAAGGAUUUCCUCAGCGACAAUUCUGAGAAAGUGGACAGCUUGCUGAAGGACAGCAAAACUGCACAGGAGGCAUACCAGUCUGUCGUUGACUAUUUUGGUGAAGACAUGAAAAAGAUGCCUCCCAAUGUGUUCUUCCCGUUCUUUCAGAGGUUCAUCAGGGGCUACAAGCAAGCCGAGCAGGAUAACGAGGUGCGGAGGAAGCAGGAGGAGAUGGCAGCGCAGGACCCCGGAGAUACCAGCCCACCCACCAGCAAGGGGCAGCAGGAUGGCAAGCUUCCUACCAUGAGAAAUAAGGCUCCGCAAAUGGACCUAAUGGCUGAACUGAAGAAGAAGCAGCAGGGGAAGGAGAGGAUGGUUUAUGAGGGAAAGGACGGAGCGAUUGAAGAUAUUAUCACAGCAUUGAAGACUGUUCCCUUCACAGCACGGACUGGCAAACGCUCGUCUCGACUCUUGUACGAUGCCUCGUUUACUGACGACAGCCCGCCGUAGUGGUCUCCGUACCAUCACUGAUCUACGGAACCAGCCCUACAGGCGAGCUGACGCCAUG